ACCCACCAUAACACCACCAGACGAAGAAGCAGCUAACCGGAAGCCGACCACAAUGAUGAGGACGGGCGCAGGAAUUGGAAGAGAGUAACGAGUCCAAACUUUGCUCUUUACGGUCGUUACAACUCCCCUUACACAGCCUCCUCUUCAUCCUCCUCACCACAGGAGGAACACGCAGCCAUCCACCUGUGUAUAAAGACAAGUCACGGGCAGCUAUGUCUUCAGCGGUGGAUCUUAAGACCAAAGAGGAGAAGGAUGCAGAGUUAGACAAACGCAUCGAAGCUCUGAGAAAGAAGAAUGAAGCUCUGGUCAAGAGGUAUCAGGAAAUAGAGGAAGACAAGAAGAAAGCAGAGCAGGAGGGCAUCGCCGUGACAACACCUCGCAAACCCCGCCCCCAUGAGCCAGAGACGGACAGGAGGAAGUCAGAGAAGGAAAACUUCACUGUCAUAGUAGACCUUUCAAAGCCGUCGGGGGACAAGAGAGUUGUGAGUGACUGGAAAUCUGGAGCGCCUCGUGGCCGGAAAAUUUCAGAGGAGAGCGACGGCCACCGGGGAGGGCCAAACGACCGAGGAGGGCCGAACGACGGCCACCGAGGAGGGCCAAACGACCGAGGAGGGCCAAACGACGGCCACAGAGGAGGGCCAAACGACCGAGGAGGGCCAAACGACGGCCACAGAGGAGGGCCGAACGACCGAGGAGGGCCGAACGACGGCCACCGAGGAGGGCCGAACGACCGAGGAGGGCCGAACGACGGCCACAGAGGAGGGCCGAACGACCGAGGAGGGCCGAACGACGGCCACCGAGGAGGGCCGAACGACGGCCACCGAGGAGGGCCGAACGACGGCCACCGAGGAGGGCCGAACGACGGCCACCGAGAAAGGCCAAAUCACGGCCCCCGAGGGCCCAGUGACGGCCAGCGAGGAGGGCCAAAUGAUGACCACCGAGGAGAGCCAAAUGACGGCCACCGAAGAGAACCAAAUGACGGUCACCGAGGGCCCAGCGACGGCCACAGCCCCUCAAGGAGGACGGGGUCGGGACGAAUGAGUCGGGGAGGUCAGAGAGGAGGGGGAGGCCGCCAUGAAAGAAGAGAAUGGGAACCCAGGACACCCAGAGAUGGAGAACCAGGGGAGUCAGUACCACAUGGACGCAGAGGAGGAAGGAGAGGAAGAGGAGGAGGCGAAGCAAGAGGAGGAGGCGAAAAAAGAGGUGAAGGAGGUGGAGGAGGAGGAGGGGGAGAAGGAGGAGGGACACCAGGUGGCAUGGACAGGAAAUCCAAGGAAUGGGAGGAGAAGAGACGACAGAACAUUGAGAAGAUGAAUGAAGAAAUGGAGAAAAUAGCAGAGUAUGAGAGAGGACAGCGGCCGGAUGGAGACAAGCCGAUCCGAAACUUCCUGGACGACCCGAGACGUUCAGGCCCAGCGCCGGACAUCGACCGCAAGGAGGGCAGCAGGAGACAUGUACGGAACUGGGGAGGACUGGACUUUGAUAACGUGAAGACAGGAGCUGAACUGGAAAAAGAGUGGACCAGUCGAAGGCCCGGACCGAAAGGCUCCAUGGACAUGACCAUGUCCAUGACCGGCCGGGAGAGAGCAGAGUACCUGCGCUGGAAGAAGGAGCGCGAGCAGAUUGACGAGGAGAGACUAGCGCGCCAUCGCAACGCCACGGGCCAGUGGAGACGAGAGUGGGACGCACAGAAGACGGAGAACAUGUUCAAGGAGGACCCAUAUGUAACCUCAGAGGGCAUCACACCCGAGCAAGGAAGCAGGAGAGACGACAGUAAGCGGCCUCCUAAAGCUCCGACCAUUGGCGACUUCUUGUCCCAGGGCAGGACCCCAGGGCAAAGAGGCGAACGGGGCCGAGGUCGGGGCCGAGGACAGAAACCGAGCUACAGCAUGCACGACAACCGCUGGGAAGGGGAGAAAGAAGAGGAGGACAAUACAAAGAGAGAGGAGAAGACCAAAAAGGAGGAGAAGGAAGUACAAUCCAAACCUCUUGCAACACAGAAGGUGGAGUCCAAGGACGGAGAAGAUGACGACGAAGAAUGGGAGGACGCCAGUGACGGAGAAGAUGAGGAGGGGAGCGACUCGGAACAAGACUCCAGGGGCAAUGAGAAGAAAGACUCAGGGAAAGAGAAACCGACCAAGAGCAAAGACAACUCCCGUACAUCUCCCACGUCUUGUUCCCCACGGACGUCAGCACAAAGCCCUAAAGAGCAGCGGCCUUCCAGGCCCAAGAUCCACAUCCCCCCACCGUCAGCAGUUCAGGAGUCACCAGAGGGGGGCAAGCCCCUCAGCCCGUUCUACCCGCUGGACGGCCACCAGCCUGUGUCCGACUGGGGGGAGGAGAUGGAGAUGCUGUCGCCUCGAAGCAGCAUGGAAGGCGAGAGCCCACUGAAACCCCCCAGCGUUGAGGCCAGCCCCCCCCAGAAGAAGGAGCAGGAGUUGGAGGAGGUGACAGAGAGCCAAGCUACCGGCUCCGGUGAACCCGCUGAGCCACAGAAAGAGGAGGACACAGCCAUAGAUAUUUCCUCUCCUUCAGAAAAGACUAAAGCCCAGCAGACUGUGAUAGUGUCAGAACCAGAGUCCGUCCCCACAGACUCCCCCACUGCACUGCCAUCUGACCCCGCCCCCUGUGAGGUUUCUGACUCCGCCCCCUGUGAUGUUUCUGACUCCGCCCCCUGUGAGGUUUCUGACUCCGCCCCCUGUGAGGUUUCUAACCCUGCUUCCUGUGAGAUUGUUGUGUCAAAGGACCGGGAUACACCUGCUGCCCCAUCACAAGAAGACAAAGUCGACACCCCUCCUCUGUCUCCAGCCGUGCUGGAAGCAGACCAGAGCUCCUGUGAACCAGCAGGAGGGGAAGCUGACGACCCGGCGCCUGCUGCGACCGACGCUGCUCCAACAGCAGAGGCAGUGGAGUCCUCGGAGCAGACAUCCUCAGAGCAGACAUCCUCAGACUAAACUGCUGGGAACAAACAGGCUCACUUCUGAGGAAGAUGGAAACAUGAGAUGGACUGGGCUGCCGUGGACGGAUCUCUCUCUCUCUCUCUCUCUCUCAGCUUUUUCUUUUUGGAUCCGUGGGUCUGAUCCCCUCUGGGCCGCCGCCAUGCUUUGUCUCCCUUUGUUAAGUAUUAAGAUAUGAAGAUUGAAAUCAGCGUCAGUCGCUGGUUUUCUAAAUGUUUUGUUCUCACAGUGGAGUCUCACGCUUUUCUGGGCUGGUAAAAUGAACUAAGCGUGAUUUGAUUUUGUCCAAAAGACCACACACACAUAUGUUUUCACAGAUUAUUUAAGAAAAUUGACACCAUCAGGACUUCACAGAAGUCAGCAACAAGCCAAAUCUCCCUUCUUUAGAUUGACAGCGCAUUAGUUAAAUGUGCCUAUCCUUAUGCACACCGCGUGCACAUUAUGCUUGUUACACACACAGGGACGCGCAGCAGCACACAAACAUGCAAAAGAUUUCAAAUAAAAAUAUGACGGUGCAAAUCUGCAUCAUAAUAGCAAUGCACCAAGGUACAAACGCGCCUGGCUUUUAAAUGGAAUGGGAGAUGACACUCUGAUUGGUUUAUUAUAUGUUACACCCAAAACAUACCUAUGAUUUAAUUAAGACACUAAGUACGACCCUUAGGAACCACGUGCCCGGCGCUCAGACCCUUUUUUCGGCCGAUAAACUAGCAAAAGGGGAUUUGGACUCGCCCUAAACGCACCUGCGCCAUGCGCUUCACGCCGUGCACUCAGAUCGUUAAAACAGGGCCCUUAGUGUUGAUGAUGCAGAGCUUACAGCCUGCGUUGCUCUUUGGUUUUGUUUUGGGGCUUUUACUUACUGGGACAUGGAAAUACUUUUCAUGAAAUCAGACCCACUGACAUUUUUAUAAUUUUACUUCUAAAGACAUCUGGACUAAGAUCUUUCAAAAAUGAGAAUCUUCAGCCUGACUGUUUACAUGAGCUUCGCAGCAGGUAUAUCGUGAUGUUUUAAGUGUAAUUUAUGUUUCAUGUUUUGCAUCGGAGCUAGCUGUGCAGGCCUGCCGACUUCAGUGAUCUGACAUUCUGUCCUUUUGGCUGAUGUUGUCACCCAGAUUAACUUCAAGGAUCAGAUCCCAUUCCACUCGUCUCAAAUCUACCAAAAUACCCGUUAUGAACUUAGAGGCGGCGGUCCAUUUGCUGUUUUAAAAUUAUUUAAUUCACAAUCAUGAUUACUAAAAAAAAGUGACUUUAAUUUCCUCUGACGCCGACUGUGUUUUCAUUUAGUAAAUCAUCAGUUUUAGAGAGAAAUCUGUUCAUAUCCGUCUGGGAAGAGUUCCCCUCUCUCUAAAGGUGACACUGCCUUUUUAAUUGUUUUUAAAAAUCAAGGAUCUCCUUCCAAAAUCGCUUUACGUUAUGAGUGUUAUUGGCUUUACGUUGAAUAUAUAUAUGUUUUAAUUUCACAGCCAAGUUUUAAGGACGUAACUGUCUCUUCAGGAAAACAGGCUGGCGUUAAAUUAUAGUGCAGUAACAUGAAUUACUGCUUGAGUAAUGAGCAGUUUAUUUUGGUUUGAAAGCCUUCACUCAUACCUCAGCAGACCAUGGUCAGCUUUUAGUUUUGUUUGUUUUUGAGUGUGUGCUUGGUUUCUACACAGUCUUUGAAUCAUGCCUGUGGACACUGGGAUAAAUGAGUUGCUUUAAUGUUUUUGUGGAAUAAAAAUUAUGCAUUUGGAUCGAAAGGAACGGCAAUAUGUACAGUUUGUAAAUGGAAAAGAACAUUCCACAGAUGGGGCAAAAUGUAGCCUGUGGGCUAUAAAACAUUUUGUUUUUACAUAUGGAUAUUUUUCUGAGCUUUGAUUACUGAUUGUAACUUGGGCUGGAGAAAUGUCAGCGUGUUAAUCUAUUUCUACAACGUAUUCCUGUUUGAGACAUGAAAUAACCAACAAGGUUGCUGUUUCAGAAAGAUUAUCAGGACUAGCAUGAAUCCAAAAUUGUAGCUUUUUAAUGUGAUCAAAGCCAUUGAUAAAUGUCCCCAACAUGACAUCAGAGAGAGCCCUAAUGUCUGUACCACAUGAAAUGUAAUGCACGCAGUUGCUUUAGCAGUUUUAGUUUCUCUUAUUUAGCCAAUAAAUGUAUUUCUCUGA